AUGGUGAAUUAUGUGGAGGCUAGCUAUAACGUGGGGGAUGUUUUGGGUGAAGGUAUCUUUGGAAGUGUCUGUGAGGCCACACGUAUAUCUGAUGGCCAAAAGGUCGCCAUCAAAUUCAUACACAAGCGUGGCGAGUACCGUACUCUUGCUAUUCCUGGCUAUUCUGAACCUCUGAUUAAAGAAGUGGCACUCAUGGUUAAGAUGAGUGAACCUCCCUUAAGCCCAAAUGUAAUCCAGAUGAUCGAAAGUUUUGAAGACGAUGAGAAAAUAGCAAUUGUUAUGGAGUACCCCCAGCCCUGCAAAACCUUAGAGCAUUACAUAACAGAGAAUGAGAUGUUAUGUGAAGAAAUGGUGCGUAUAUUAAUGCGUCAAGCGGUGCAGGCAGUAAUAGACUGCAUUGACCACGGUGUCGUUCAUACUGACAUCCAUCCUGGUAACAUCCUGAUCAACACCAGCACUUUAGACCUGAAGUUAAUUGACUUCGGCUGUGGUCUGCUGUUUACCAGUGAUGCCUAUGACGGUAGUCAGUAUGAAGGAAACAUAGAGUACUGCCCACCCGAGGUCACAGAGAUGAACAGAUUUCAUGCCAUCUCUGCCAACGUCUGGUCUCUUGGUUUGCUCCUCCUUGAAAUGGUCAACGAAUGUUUGCCGUAUCCAGAGUCGGAGGAAGUCCUGUUUGUGAAUCCUGACUUAUCAGGAGGGUUGGAUCUAAAAGUGCCGGACACUACACAGGACUGAGCAAACCAGACCAGACCUCAUUGACCUUAUAAAAUAC